UCCCCUCUUGAUUAUAAUUUCAGCUAAUCUCGUCCCCUCUUGAAGCAUGAUCGAGCAAAAGUGAAACUAGGCUACCUCUGUGCUAUUUCAAUAGUGACACUGUCAUUUCCUUGCACGAGGCAGUCUGUGCAGUACCCUGACAAUGUUCCUUUAAGCUUUUACCCUCUUAUAUUUGCUGCUUCUAUCGUCAUGAUCAUUUUCCUCUAAUUUAUGACAAUUGGCCACUGCAAAUUGCAUGUCUCAUCCUAUUAUGUCCGUGUUAGCAGAAAUGGGGGUCCAACAAGCCCACUUACCGUCCAAUCCAGUAAAAAGAAAAUAGAACACGAACAAUUACAUAAUAAAAAUAUGAGGCACAUCAUGCCGAAGAAACGUUAGUGCUCCAUUUCGCAAGCCAUGGGGUGGCUAGCCGCAAUAGGUGCCAAAGCAAAACUCCGUGUUCUAUGUUUGCGAAAAAUUAGCUUUCCCGUUCCAUAUCACCAAACAGAGUUAACAACCGAAAGUAAACACGGCCAACCACUCUGCCGUCUUCAACCCUCCGGACUGCUCAACUACUUGAUUGCCUCCUCGCUGGCACCGCCCCUCCCAAUUCCCAGUGACACUGCACCACCACCCCGGCUCCAGCGAGAUCCAGACCCAAAACCCCCCACGCCUCGCCCGCGCCAGCAGCAGCCGGCCUUCUCUGCUCGGAGGGGAGCAAUGGCUGCCAACGGAGGCGGGUACCGGGCCGAGGACGACUACGACUACCUCUUCAAGGUGGUGCUCAUCGGCGACUCCGGCGUCGGCAAGUCCAACCUCCUCUCCCGCUUCACCAAGAACGAGUUCAGCCUCGAGUCCAAGUCCACCAUCGGCGUCGAGUUCGCCACCCGCAGCCUCCAGGUCGACGGCAAGGUCAUCAAGGCCCAGAUUUGGGACACCGCCGGCCAGGAGAGGUACCGUGCUAUUACAAGUGCCUAUUACCGUGGAGCUGUAGGAGCAUUACUUGUCUAUGAUGUCACCCGCCGUGCUACAUUUGACAACGUCAGCUGUUGGCUAAGGGAGCUCAGAGACCACACUGAUCAAAGCAUCGUUGUCAUGCUGAUUGGCAACAAAUCUGAUCUCCGCCACUUGGUGACCGUCUCAACUGAGGAUGCGAAAGAGUUUGCCGAGGCUGAGUCCAUGUACUUCAUGGAAACGUCUGCGCUGGAUGCCACGAACGUGGACAACGCGUUCUCAGAGGUCCUGACCCAGAUAUACCAGAUCGUGAGCAAGAAGACAGUGGAGGCACCGGAGGAUGGCGCGGCUGGCCCGGGCAAAGGGGAGAAAAUAAACGUGAAGGAUGAUGUGUCCGCAAUGAAGAGAGGUGGGUGCUGCUGAAACUAAGGCCAAUACAAACGGUUUGUUCAUUUUUCAUGUAGGUAAGGUACGGUUGGCUUGCAGGAUAAGAAAAAUGUAUUGGAUUCUGUUUCUGGUGGUGUUGCCGAGGCUUAGGGUUACUCUAAGAAUCAUUCAGACUACCAAUUUAAAUUAUCGACUAUGAAUUUGUGAUUCUGUCAGAUUCAUAUGGCGUUCUUAUUUAUUCGUGCAAUCUUUUUAUCAACGGAAGAAUUUGUGUGUAUUAACAGAA